GCUCCAUCCACUGUCCGCUUGGCAGAGGCAGUAUGUGGCCUGAAACCCAGAUGGCUGAAAGUAUCUGCAAUGCAGGAGCUGUAAUAUCAUUGCGUGAUCUGCCAGUACGAGCAGGCUUUAGACCUCCCCGAGAAAGAGUCGCGUCCCAGAGACUUCUGGUAGGUCUGGCUGCGUGGUUGUGUUGGUUGUGCUCCUGGAGAUAUUGGAAACCAAGGUCCUUUGUUGUCGAUCUGGGGGGUCUGUGAGCUGCAGCCCAUCAAAAGUACUUGUAUUGACAUGGCGGGGAGGGAGCGAAGUGGAGAAGGGGGUUGGGGGUGUUGGUAUGUAUACUCGGUUGCUUGCGACAUCACGGAGCUCC